AUGGCAUCGAUGACCGCCGACGAGCUCCGGGCCGAGAUUGAGGCCACCCGGCGUGAGGCGGAAGCCGAGGAGGCGAGACUCGAAGAACUCCGAGCCGAGACGGAACAGGCAAGAGAGCGGCGGAAUCUGCGAGCAGAGCUGCACUUGGCGAUGACACGGCGACUCCGAGCACAGAGGCGCAAUGAUCGUGAACAAGGCUUGAGACGACGCAUGGACGACGGUAAGUAUGAUAAUAAAGAUGUACCUGCAUAUCCCAGAAAACACUCCGUGCUUCAUGCAAGUGGUGGAGCAAGCACACAUUGUGCGGCCACGGUCGCCAGGGGCGAGUACGUGUGGAGAAUCAUUGGCUGUUCCUGGAUGGAAAGCAUGCUGUGGCAAGAGUAUCCGCAUGAUGACUUUGACUGUCUGUGGUCAACGCCGUUUGAUCUUGGUACGGAGACAUUCCAUUUUGCUUACAACCCUUGGGCCGGGCGGCCAUUUUCUACUUUUCUUUAUAAUUCUAAUCGGGACGAUGAUGAUGAUGAUGAUGCUGAUGAUGAUGAAGGUAAUGACUUCUUUGAAGGCGAUGAUCACUAUGGCAUAGUUUCUGAUGAUGAUUCUGAUGGCAGUUCAAUUGAAUGUGAUGAAGGUCAUCCUAAUCAGUCUUGUUGGGGAUCAGUUGCCAUUGUGCCCAGUGUGCCAUCUGGGAGAAGCAAUGUUCUGCUUCGGUACCGCAUCUAUGCCAAGGCACAGAAUGGGGAGUUCAUGCAGUGGGGGGAGACGAAAGAUGUCAUUUACAACAAAGACGCAUUUAAGCCAGAUCUCUACAUUGGCCCGGAUGUGUACUGGCGGCGGGCCAAUCCGCCGGCAGUCUUGGGUAUCUUCGGGCUUAGCCACCAGGAGCUGCUGCGGUCCCAGUGGGUGCAGGACGACACGCUGACCUUAAAGUUCGAGCUGGAAGUCCGUCCUCAGGGAGGAGCAGAGUCCAAGCCUUGGAGCCUUGCCACGAAGGUCCCCGCCCCGACCCUUAGCCAAGACAACCGCGCACUCUUCGAGGAAGGUACCUGCAGCGAUGUGACGUUCAGGGUACAGGGCGAAGUCAUCCAGGCACACUCGCAAGUUCUCUGUGCCAGGUCCGAAGUUUUCAAGAAGCAGCUGGGGGCGGGAAUGCAGGAGAGCGUGUCGAAAACCAUCGUAAUCGAGGAUUGCGAUAUCACCACUUUCAAAAGCUUCUUGCAGUUCCUCUACACUGACUGCUUCCCCGAUCUCCAAAACUUCUCAGGGACCGCAAGCGAGCGUGAGAAUGGGAGCAGCAGCCCACAGCAGUCUCUGAUGCAGGCUCUCUUGGCCGUGAGCCACAAAUAUCAAGUCGCUCGGCUUCACGGGUGGUGUGAGGCGAAGCUCUGCAGAGAGCUCAGCGUGUCACAGGUCUGCAGCAUCCUCUGCCAAGCGUACCUCCUCCAGGCCAAGGAGCUCGAGAAGGCUUGCAUCUCCUUCAUCAAGGACCACACAAGUGAAGUGUUCACGCUGCCGGCCUAUGCUGAGUUGGUUAAGAAGUGGCCUCAGAUCGGAUUAAAGGUCAGCCUCUUUUCGGCCGGCGUGUCCGAAGCAGAGGCAGCAGCAGCACUGAAUGCUUUGGAGAAUCCGCAGGAGCAGCACGCAGAGCGGGCCAGAAGCUCCGACACAUAA